UCCCCCGAGAGGCACUUGUGUGUUUGUUAACGGUGUGACCCAGGGGGUGCUUGGGGAGCCCGAUGGGGCGGAACAUGUGUUCCCCAGUGAAGGGGGCAGGGAGGCCGUGGGGGGCAGGGCACUGGCUUUCACGCAGCUCUUCGUUUGACCAGCUCUGUUGUGACCACGGUGACUUCACGGCUUAAUUGCGGUCUCCGGGACCUGCCUUCGUUUUUAAAUAGGGAGAGGAAAAUGUCACUGAGCACCACCAACUGUUGCUGAAGAAACACGAAACCCCACAAGACUCUGGCCCACAGAUGCCACACCUCUUCCCAGGAAACGCAAAGCCCCGCCCGGGUCACGCACGACGCCAUGAACGUGCCCCUCGUCUGUGACUACGGCUCAGGCUUCAGCAAGGUGGGCUUCUCGGGCACAGAGGCCCCCCGAGCCGUGUUCCCCACCAUCCUUGGGAAACUUCGACACGACAAUUUGUUGGUGGGGAUGGAAGAGGAAGACUGGUUCAUCGGAGACGAGGCUCAGAAAAGGCGAGGGGAGCUUAACCUGCAGUAUCCUGUCGCCCGGGCGACCAUCACUAACUGGGACGACAUGGAGAAGAUCCUGUUUGAGACCUUCAACGUGCCCGCCCUGCACUUAGCCAACCAAGGAGUCCUUUCUCUCUACGCCUCCGGCCAGACCUCUGGAACAACUAUUGAAUCUGGAGAAGGAAUGACAUACUUUGUGCCUAUCAUUGAUGGCUGUCCUCUGCAUCAGUCGACCAUCCAGAUGGACAUAGCGGGCCAAGACCUAACAUUGUACCUCCUGCAACUAUUGACAGACAGUGGGCACUCGCUGGUGAGCAGAGGUGACUGGGAGUACAUCCGGGACAUAAAAGAAAAAUGCUGCUACGUGGCUUCGGACUUCAAGAAGGAAAAAGUGAAAGCCAGCUCUCCUUCCUACGCACGGAAGUUUCAGUUGCCCGACGGCCAGGAGAUCACCCUGGGGUCGGAGAAGUUCCUCUGCCCCGAAGGGCUUUUCCAGGCAGACCUCAUGGGGAGAAACAGCCUGGGCAUCCACGUGAAGGCCUUCCGGAGUGCCAGCUCCUGCAGCCCUGCCCUCUGGAAGAUUCUCUUCGGCCACAUGGUUCUGUCUGGCGGCACCGGCUGCUGUCCCGGCCUGCGCUUCCGGCUGCAGAGGGAAAUAGCCACCCUGGUGUCCCCCACCAUCAGCGUGAAGGUGUCCAGCUGCCCCUCUUCCAUACACAGCGCCUGGCUGGGCGGCUCCAUCCUGUGCUCGCUGUCCACCUUCAAGGACAUGUGGGUCACCAGCAAGGAGUACAAGGACAUCGGUGCCUCUAUCGUCAGGAGGAGAACCUUCUAAUUUGUGGCUUUGUGUAUCCCAUCACUUGCCCCAUCAAUGCCAAGCCCAGGCUGAGCCCCAGCUUGGUUGAAUUGAUCAGACCUCAGAACCAACUUGAACAUGAGGGGGCCCUUCCUCACCAGACUUCCGUAGAAGUGGUCAAUAAAGGACAGACACUCUCUGUCUGGGCAAG